CGGUGGUCAGAGUGGUCGCGGCUUGCCCUGAUUCGGCGAAGCCAGGAACCAGAGCACCGGAUGAGUCGCGGCACACGUCAGCCACCGAGCCUGUCGCCGCGCCUUCUACCCGCGAGCCAUCCGUGUUUAAUUUGAGAUUUCCCAUGAACAGGCCCUGAGUUCAAGAGGUGAUUCUGGCUAUAACACGAAACCCAUCUCUCCUCAAGUUCGGUUGCGCUCCUCGACAGCGCACACACUCCCCUCCAUCCAUGGAUAACACGGAAGCUUCACCCACCAAGCCCAAGAAGCGGCCGAGGGAGAAGCUCAACGCCACCAUCCAUGUCCUCCACGACAACCCCGACAAGACCCCUCCCCUCGUCGGCUACUUCCCAUCCGGCUUCGACCCUUCCUCCCGCCUCCGUGGCGGCUCCGCGGAGCCUGGCGUUAGGGUCUACCGCCACAGCAACCGGAAGUGGCCCAAUAGGCUCCAGCUCGUCGUCAGACCGCCGGAGUCCAACGUAGCCUUCGUCGGCUCCAGCUUCUCUGGCGAGCCCAACGCCAGCCAAUCCUGCACCUACGCCCUCGGCGUGCUCGAUAAGGAGUCGCAGACGCUCAAGAUCGUCCCUGUGGCCUGCAAUAAGUCCUUCCAAUUUCAUGUGGUACUGCUGCAGAUGUUCAGAUUGGAACCUAGAGUGGGAUCAGAUUUUGCUGACGAAGAGCACCCUGAGUUGGUUAGGGGAGAGCUUUCAGCAAAAGAGAAGGCUGAUAAAGUUAGAGAGCUUAAUUUACUCUUUGGAACUAAGCGGUCGGUAACACAGGAUAAAAAAAUGCAAUCUCUACGGCAAGAAGAUGAUCCCAACUCUCAAAAGGAUUUGGAUAGGAAGAUUAAGGAAGUUGCCAUAAACAAGGAAGCUCUUGAAAGUACAGGUUCUCAUACUGCUCGCAAUAUCCCCCCUUAUAACUCUUCUGCCACUACCCCAAAGGAUGCCUAUCCCAUAGAGAAAAUUAUUCUCAAAGGAGAGUGGGAUUACAUCAGGGAUAUUCUUCAACUUCUUGAAGCAGGAGAGAAAGUAUCGCCUGAUGCUUACCCAACAUUUGUUUGCAAUAGGAUCCAUAAAAUGGGGGAGACACAGGAUGAAAUGGAGAAGGAAACGCUUGGCUGCAUAUUCUCGUAUAUCAACCACCUUAUUAAGUUCAAAGAUCAGCAUUCUGCUGACGGUGCAUCCUCUGCGAAGAACCACAGGACUCCAAGCAUAUUGCGUCAGAAAUUCUCAACCAUGUUCUCCACCGCCGAAUCUAAAUGGCUGCCUUCUGAGAAAAUCGAUCUUCUAAUCAGCUAUGUCUUAGUGCUCACUUUGUUUGCAGAUGAUUUUCGGACAGACCCGACAGAUAUCGCUAAGGAUCUGAGGAUGAGUUCAGUAACCAUAAGACAGCAUUUCGAGCAUUUAGGAUGCAAGUUCAAGCGAGAGAAAAACGUGUUGUAUGCCAAUCUUCCUGUGCCUCUUAAGUUCCCGGAGUUGAGAAAGAGGCGCCGAAGGUAAGAUAGAUGAAUGGAUUUUCUUGUCCUUGCAACAGUUAUGUCAAGAGAGAGCCGUAUCCGAUCGAGAAGUGGAAUUUGCAAUGGCGGGAGUUUCAUUUUGUAUCUCUUUUAGCUUUACAGCGUCCUAUGGUGAUGGAACAUGUUUAUGCUUCAUUGCAAGCAACUCCACAGCGAGUCUACUUAAUCAAGUUUGCAUGAUGUACUUCUUUGAAAACGUGAGAGGCCUACAUUGGAAGCGAUUUUGUUGCAA